UCGAUCGCAUUGGACAAUUGUACGGGUUCCAAUCAUCCAAUUAGAUGGCUUCAAGACUCUUGUAGCGCCUGGAGUGAUCAGGAGACGAACUUCUCGGCGUGUUGCCAGUUUUUCCGUGUAGCUUUCGUCCGCACGGUCGACUACUGAGACACGAAUACACUUCAGUUACCGUCACUACGUGUACAUGUGACACAUUUUCCGCUAAACAGAAAUCGAAUUUCGGAAAUCAUUUUUCGCUGUCUUGUUUACAUGUUAUGGUCUGAAGAGGAUUUGCUGACCCUUUUAAAUAUGGCGUCUGCAAAACAGCUGAUUGUCACCACAGCCUCUUCUCUUUAAUAUUGUUAGCUUCAAGCUCAGUCUUAAUGUAUCUGCUUCUCCUUCACUGUCCAUAUUAACCGAAUAUUCUGAAAAUAAGACUUAACUUGACAACUCGCGUACUUUUAAAAGCGGUUGCGUUUACGGGAACGUGAAAAUCGAUAGCGGAAUUGGAAAAUCAGCAAUUAGAAGCGGAUUUCCAAAAUCGAUUUUGAAGCGUUUACAUGACCACUCAUAAAUGGCAUUUCGUAAUCGGUUUACGAAAUCGGAUUUUGGGAGCACCAUUUAAAUGGGGGUUCGGAAACCGAAAGCAUGUCAGUUAACAUGCCAAAGGGCAGGUUAACCUAACCUUAACUCUCAUUAGAAAAUGAGGACGAGAUAGUUACUUCAAAGUGCUCCAAAAAAUACCGCCGUGUACAUUUUUUCGACAUGUCAUUUAAGUUUGGUUGAACAUGCAAACUUGCGAUGUUCUCUCAAAUGCAAUAUAAUAAAGAACAAAAAUAACUAACCAUUUUUCGCCAAACAAACCCAACCUUUACAACAGAAAGUUAACUACUCAAAAUCGUAAACAAUGGGGAAACUGUAAUAGGUUUCACAAUACGAUCGUGUGAUUUGCCUCAAUAUUUCCUAUUCGAACAGCUCUGCCUACCAAAAACGAUGUGAGCUACGUAAACUACGCCUGUUGGGUGACAGGUAGCACCACUUCUAUUACCGGCUAGUCGGACAAAGUGAAUUGAUGGUAGGCAAAGCCACCCCAGUUACGGCAAUGAAAAGUAAAUUGGGAACCUGCAGUGACUUCUUGAGAUCAGUAUAAGAAUCAAAUCGUGCAUAAUUUGUUGCUCUUCUCGUGUCAUUUGGUGAUUUUUCUGAUACUGAUGCAUACGUAGAAUCAGAACUAAAAUAAAGGUGCCCAUUUACACGUUGCUAUUUGCAUAAAUAGUGUGACAGUUUGUGCACAAGCUACGGACGAAAUUUCAUUUGGAUUUAAAUCAGACGACUUAAGUUCGAACCAGCGAGGUUUUCGCGUCGAAAAUUCUUCUGCAGAAAACUAAUGCGAUCUGUAGUGUAACAAUGCAUUAAAGCUGAAAUUUCUAUUGAACAAUUUCCACUUAAUGAUUAUACAUACAUUUCGGAACCUCUUCAAAGACUGACGCGCUGAAAAUAAAGUGACUCAUGCGCACACGAUUGCGCUGUGAUUGGUCACCGCGCGAUGCCAUUACUCUCAUAGCGUCUACAGGAUGCCAUGCAUAGAUUGUAUGUUGGCAGGUGGACGCCAUCUUCAAUGCUGUGAAGUGUAAUAAUACGCCGGAGUUGUCCGAUUAUCUUGCGAACGACAAAAGUUUCGGGACUCCGGUUAAUUGGAAUUCCUUGAAGAUUCCAUGACACCAUGAGUUACCAGAUGCAGCAGCCACAGUCUAGACUUAUAUCACACGGCAAUUACCAACAGCCUAGUGAUCUACCCAUAGGUUCAGCAAAAGAACAAACCAUCAUGUGGCAGCAAAACUCUUACCUGGGUGACUCAGGUAUCCAUUCUGGAGCCACAACCCAGGCUCCAUCAUUGACUGGAAAAGAAGAAGACAUGGAGUCAGACCAACUGAUGUUUGACUUAGAUCAAGGAUUUGCCCAAGGUUUUACCCAGGACCAAGUUGAUGAGAUGAAUCAGCAAUUGAGUCAGACACGUUCUCAGAGAGUUCGUGCUGCAAUGUUCCCCGAAACUCUAGAAGAAGGCAUAGAGAUUCCAUCCACACAAUUUGAUCCAGCUCAGCCAACUGCAGUUCAACGUCUAGCAGAACCAAGCCAGAUGCUCAAACAUGCAGUAGUCAACCUAAUUAAUUACCAGGAUGAUGCUGAUUUGGCAACUAGAGCAAUACCUGAACUUAUAAAACUGUUGAAUGAUGAAGAUCAGGUUGUAGUGUCUCAAGCUGCAAUGAUGGUUCACCAACUGUCAAGAAAGGAAGCAUCAAGGCAUGCUAUCAUGAACAGUCCACAGAUGGUUGCUGCUUUGGUACGAGCAAUUUCAAAUAGCAAUGAUCUGGAGUCGACAAAAGCAGCUGUUGGUACAUUACACAACUUAUCUCACCAUCGUCAGGGUUUGCUUGCCAUUUUCAAAAGUGGUGGCAUUCCAGCUCUUGUAAAACUGCUCAGCUCGCCAGUUGAGUCUGUACUAUUCUAUGCCAUUACUACACUGCAUAAUCUUCUUUUGCACCAAGAAGGUUCGAAAAUGGCAGUUAGAUUGGCUGGAGGUCUGCAAAAAAUGGUUGCACUGUUGCAGCGGAACAAUGUGAAAUUUCUUGCCAUAGUAACAGACUGUCUCCAAAUAUUGGCAUAUGGAAACCAAGAAAGUAAACUCAUUAUCUUGGCCUCUCAAGGGCCUGUGGAGUUAGUUCGCAUACUCCGUUCUUAUGAUUAUGAGAAGCUGCUAUGGACAACAUCACGUGUUCUGAAAGUAUUGUCAGUCUGCUCCAGUAACAAGCCAGCAAUUGUUGAAGCUGGAGGCAUGCAAGCAUUAGCUAUGCACCUUGGCCAUCCAAGCCAACGCCUUGUCCAGAACUGCCUGUGGACUCUGCGCAAUCUUUCAGAUGCCGGAACUAAAGUUGAUGGUUUGGAAGGUCUUCUGCAGAGUUUAGUGCAGUUGCUGGCAUCAGCAGAUGUGAAUGUUGUGACAUGUGCUGCUGGUAUUCUCUCAAAUCUCACUUGCAACAACCAGCGGAACAAAGUUACAGUAUGUCAGGUUGGCGGAGUAGAUGCCCUCGUAAAUACCAUUCGAAAUGCUGGUGAUCGUGAAGAAAUAACUGAACCUGCGGUAUGUGCACUUCGCCACUUGACAUCUCGUCAUAUUGAAGCAGAAAUGGCACAGAAUGCAGUUCGUGCUAACUAUGGAAUGCAAGUCAUUGUAAAGUUACUGCAGGCACCAUCUCGUUGGCCUCUUGUUAAGGCAGUCAUUGGACUGAUACGAAACUUGGCUCUGUGUCCUGCCAAUCAUGCUCCACUGCGUGAACAUGGUGCAAUUCAUCAUCUUGUGCGACUUCUUAUGAGAGCAUUCCAGGAUACGCAGAGACGUCAGUCUAUAGCCAGCAGUGGCAGCCAGCAGCCAGGAGCUUAUGCUGAUGGUGUUCGCAUGGAAGAAAUUGUUGAAGGAACUGUUGGAGCUUUGCAUAUUUUGGCACGCGAAUCGAACAACAGAGCUAUUAUCCGUGGACAGAUGGUUAUACCAAUCUUUGUUCAGCUUCUGUUUAACGAGAUAGAGAACAUACAGAGAGUUGCUGCAGGAGUCCUCUGCGAACUAGCAGCAGACAAAGAAGGAGCAGAAAUGAUUGAACAAGAAGGUGCCACAGCUCCCCUUACAGAAUUAUUGCAUUCAAGGAAUGAAGGAGUUGCAACCUAUGCCGCAGCUGUUCUAUUCCGAAUGUCUGAAGACAAACCACAAGAUUACAAAAAACGACUGUCAAUGGAGUUAACAAACUCUCUGUUCAGAGAGGAACAAAUUAUGUGGAAUGGAGGUGACAUACCAAUAGGACCAGAUUUGCAGGAUAUGCUUGCACUAGGCCCAGACCAGGGCUAUUCAGCAGUAAUGUAUGGACAGGGACCACCUAGUGUUCACAGCAGUCAUGGAGGUCGUCAGUAUCCGAUGCAAGGCUAUGACACGCUACCAGUAGACUCUAUUCAAGGACUUGACAUAAACUCUCACCCUGCCACUGGUGGUGGUGGCGGCGGUGGUGGAUCCAAUUAUGGACCCAUGGACACCAUGGAUGUACCAGGUGCUGAAUCAACAGACCUCAACUUUGACCACUUGGAGGAAUUACCACAGCCACCACAGGACAAUAACCAAGUGGCUGCUUGGUAUGACACUGACUUGUAAUUUAAAUUUGGUGCGGUGUCUGUCAGGAGUGUUAUUAACGUGUGUAUGUUUUUAUGUUCAUGGUGAAGUGAGUGACAUACUUUGCAUGUUAGAAGGUUAUUGUGUGUGGCAGACUGGCUGUACCACAGUGAAGAUAUCUCAUUCACAUGUUAAUUUUAGGUUUAUCAUUCCUAUUUCAUGACAGCUUUGAGAGAAUUCAUAACCAAAAUUUUAUAAACAAUUUUGUUGAGUGUUCUCAUAUAAUUUUGAUUCAUUAUUCCAUUUUGUAUGAAUGAAUUGGAAGCAAAUGUUACUGAGUUAUGUAGAUUUUGGAAUAUUAUGUAAACAGAAUGAUGUGUAAGCCACUGUCAUUAUGGAAAGAUGAUUUUUUUGCUGCAUUAAUAGCCUCAUAAUUGAUACAUUAGGUGUGUAGAUGCAGUUUUAAGUGAGAAUUAUGUGUCUCAUUUAAUAAAUUUGUGAGUUUCACGCACAGUUAUUUAAUUAGAUGUAACUGUUAUUGAGCACUGCAGGGGAUAUCAUUAGUUAUUGUUCAUAUCACUCAGUCAUAAAAUUGUGUGUGAUCAUAGUAGCAAAACAUUUAUGUAUGUGUAGUGAAAUCUGCUAUAAUACUGAGUACUUUUAGCUGUGUAAUUCUGCUUCGUGUAUGUUGAAUGGUCCAUUUGCUUUCCUACUUCAGACGAAAAGUAUCUUGGAUAUUCUUUAAUUACAUGUAGGGACCAUAUAUUUUUCUUCUUACUUUAGCCAGAACAUCAAAUAAAGUUAUUAAAUAUAA